AUGAACGAGGAUGAGAUAUAGCCACUAAAAAAAGAAAAAAAGCUCUAAAAUUUCAAUGUCUUAUUUACUCCUUAGCUAAAACCAUCGAAAUAUCUUGAGAGCUUUAUCAUUGAAAAAGGGGGUCCAAGAAAAUUAACUGUCCAGCUUGAUAGAGUUGAUAAUUCUUCUAAAUCAUCUACCAAAAAGGUUCCUGACUAAGCUAAAGGGGGAUCUAACGAUAAGCAGAGUAUAAUUUCAUAUGAUAAAGAAAGCACAACUAGAUCAAUUAAAGAGCAAGGUUUGAGCAGACAUAAUUAAUAAUAAUAACCAUUCCAGCUUUAUUCACCUUAACCUCAAAGAAUGCUUAAUUUUAAGAAUGGACUUAAGCAGAUGAAUGUUCCUGGGCUGGAAAAUAACUUAUUAAGUCCUUAGACAUCUUAGCAUAAAUAGGAAGAGAAUAUGGAUCGUCGAAGAAUGAUGUUAUAAAAGUAAAGACCAGGAAGGCUUGAUAUGAAAUCAAUAGGAAGAGGAGGAAAAGCCACUGUGAUGAAUGUAUUAAAUUAGCCUAACUCCCCCAUGCUGCUCAGGUAGCUUUCCCCUAAAUCUGCUGGGUUCGCCCCAAUUCCAAUGUCUCCUAUGAGUGUUGAGAGUAGAGCAAAGCAUUAAAAAGUUGUCAAGAAACUAAUAUAAGAGGACGAUGUUAAAAAAUAAAAAUCUAGAAAGGAAAAAUACAGAAAGAAAAAUACAAUUCUCAAAAAUGCAGGAGGCUUUAUUCAAAGAAACACAAAAAAUAAAAAUUCAAUGAUUGGUAACAACAAAGAAAAUCAUGAAACAACAGAGAAUAGAGAUGAGGAAGAUGUAGAGCUAGAAAUAUUCAAAUAAUUUAUGGAGGCUAAUUAAAGAGAACCAAGUUGGGGUGUGACAUCGCCAGAUUCUUUGUUUAAGACUUUAUGGGAUAUUUUUAUGUUUGUUUGGAUCAUUUGGCAAGCAAUAUUCAUUCCAUAUAGACUUUGCUUCGACAUUCAAAUUAGUGAAGACGAUGCCAUUUCAAGCCUUGAAUAUUUUAUUGAUAUUUGCUUUGGGGUGGAUAUGAUCUUAUCUCUAAACACAGAUCUUUUUUUUGCACACACCAUGGCAUGCUUAUUUUGGAUGGUAGGGUCUAAUGGAUUAAGCUCCAAUUAUAUAUCAUGGAUAACGAAGAUAGGAUUAAAUGAUGCAGAUGUUAUGACUUAAUAUGUCAAUUCCUUAUAUUGGUCCAUAACAACAAUGGUUUCAGUAGGAUAUGGAGAUAUCUCAGCUCUUAAUGUAUAAGAAAGACUAUUCAGUAUGUUUGCUAUGAUUGUUGCUAAUGGAGUUUACGCCUUUACCAUUAGCAAUGUUGGUAAAAUAGUAUCAUAAUAUAAUGAAGCAGCUGUGCACUUUAGAGAAAAUAUGUUCUAUGUGGGAAAAUGGAUGAAGUAGCAUGAUCUUGGAAACGAAUUAAGAGUUUAAAUCAGAAGGUAUCUUGAGUUUUAGUGGGAUCUAAGAGAACAAAUGAAAAUUGAGGAGGAAGAUGUAAUGAAUUUACUUAACGAAGAUCUUAGAGAGAAACUUAUCUUGUACACUAAUGCUAAAUCCCUAAGAAAUCUAAGUUUUUGUAAUCAAUUUAAAUUGGAAUUCAUUACUGAUUUGGCUUUUCAAAUGAAAUCCUAAACUUUUGGAGUCGGUGAAAAUGUUAUUAUGGUAGAUAUAUUUAUUUUUAUAGAUUUUUAGGAAAAUGAAGAGGGAGAUAAGAUAUUCUUCAUCACUAGAGGGAAGGUUUGUGUGCUGCACAGAAAGACUCAUACAUAUCUUGAUGAUUUGACAGUAAUUGAUAUCAUAUAAAAAUAUUAGAUAGAUGAUUACUUUGGAGAGAUUAGCUUUUUUACUGAGUAACCUAGGACAACGAAUGUUAAAUCCUUGAAAGUUAAGCUAUCAAACAAUUCUUUAAGGUCACCAGUUGGAAAAUAGUACUUGAGUACCUAAGAAUAAAUGGAAAUGAGAGACGUAGAGUUACUAGUAGACAGAGAAGAAAACAAAGAUAAGUCUUUGGUGAACACGAUGUAAACUCUAAAGCAGAAAUCACUUCUAGGUGAUGAUCUUAUGAAGGAAUUUUAUAAGGAUGCUGGAUACAACUAUCAGCCUUAUUAAAAUUCUUUUGUGACUGAAUUAAAUUCAGAGGAGUUAGUUGAUGAUAGUUCCGAAAAUUAUAAAUCAAGGAGCAACACAUAAAAUUCUCAUCAAAGAAGGUCAUAGAUGAAAAUGCCAUAUAAAGUAGUUGAGCUUGAUACCAAUAAAAGCAUAAAAAAAUCAAUUUUAGGGAAAGCUUCUUUAAGACUUUAGAAAAAUAAGCAGUACUACGAGUCAUCUAGUGACGAAGAAUCAGUAUAAUCAAAGAAAAGUGCUAGGUCAAGGAACACUAAAGAAAACCUAAGUGCAACAAUUAGAAAUUAAAAAAGUACUGAUAAAAUAGUUCAGUAAAAAUCUCAGGUAGUAAAAGAAGUCAUAGAUAAUUUUGAUGAUAAUCGCAUAUAUUUUCAUCCUGAAUCAAGCAAUAUCAAGCCAUUUGAAAAAGAUUUUAAUGAAAGUUACCCAGAUGUAGAAACAAUUUUAGAGGCUGAAGAAUAUGAAGAGGAAACACCAUAUAAUAAGUAGAUAGUUUCAAUUAGAAACAAUCUUCGAAGGUAACUACAAGCUAAGAAAUAUGAUGAUACUACUGACUCAAUGAGAGCAGAUAGUAUAAUUUCACAAUCAGAUAGCAUGUCAAUGCAAAACUAAAGUUCUCAUCAAAUAAACAACGGCAAUAAUAACUCAUCGCUGAGCGUCGGUAGUGGGCAUAAAAAUCUUAGUUCAAAGUUUCUGUAAUUUGCCAAGUUAGACCUUGGAAAGAAAAUUUUUAAAACAAGUACUGUUAGGUUAGAUAUUAUUGAUGAAAUUCCAAAGAACAUAGGUUAGUAAUCAACCAAUUCUCAUCUUAAUAAAUCUAUUAUUGAGGAACUUGAAUUUGAUGAUAGCAACAAAAAUGACCAAAUUUAAGCUGACAAGUUUGGCUAUAUUUAAUCAUUUAGAGGUGAAAAAAUAUUAACUUACAAUCCAAUCGAAGAAGAGGAUAAUAGCGUUUCAGAUGUUAACACUUAUAAAGAUAAUGUAACAGCUAGGACUACUGGUGAAUAGAUACUAAGCAAGGAAGUAACCGAUUCGUAAUCAUUAAACAACAAAAAUUCUAUUGAAAGACUUGAGUAUUUUAAUAAUCUGGAAUAAAUUGUCAUGCAAGAGAUAAAAGAAGGCUUUAUGGAUGAUUAAGAAGAUUACUCUUAAUAUUACUUAGAAGAAGGUGAGAUGAGUGAGCUUGAAGUAGAAGACCUUGAUGCUACGAAUAAAUAAGCUGAUCAUUUACAAGAAAAUGGUCAUGAUUUCAGCUUCAACGAAUUUCAGUUUUAAGGAGAUGAUCCAUCGAUUGAUACCGUUUAAGAAAACAUUAUUGUUAGAGAGUUUGAAAGAUUAGAAAUGGGUUUGAAUUAUGGUGAUGAUAGUAGUAAUACUUAGAAUGAAAAUAACUGGGAUAGUAGUAACAAUAAUAGUAGUAUAUAACAUCAAUAAAAUUAAGAUGAUAGUGGGUAUUCCUCCUUGAAUCCUAGGUCUGAUAGCGAAUAAAAAGAUAGCUUAGACUAAAGUAAUAAUUAGGACAGCAGCAUCAAUUAAUUACAAGAUGAUAGAUGA